UUUUUUUUUUUUUCUCUUUGUUUUUGGUUGCUUUUAAAUUGGUGUUUUGCAAGUGGCGGAAGACCAACAGGGAUAAACUUCAACAGUGGCUCACCACCACACCCAUCUACAUCUCGGAAAAUCCAAAGUCAAAGGCAUAGUAGAGAGACCCAACGGUUUUGCUUGCUGUUUGGAAUGAUGAAGUCGUGAAGGAAAAGUGAUUGUGGCCCUGCUUUGCUCCAGCUGGUCCCUCAUAGCUUGGUGCCAUUAACAAGUGUCUUUUAAUUUGAUUAAGACACCCAAGGAUAAAAGUCCUGUCCAAGUAAAAUCUGAAUUAACCUCCUUGUUGAUUUGGAACCCCUGGAUCAAACAAAACAAAUGCUUUUGAUAUUCUUUCUUUGUUUGCUUUUCCAUACACUUGCACAAGCCACCAGUUGCAUCAUCAAAAGAAGAAACUAUUUGUUUCUUCCCCUCUGGGAUUUCACGUGCAAGUGUUUCAUGUGGAAGGCAAUUCAAUUGCCGUGGGGGUCUUUUGAUCUGUUGAGAUAGUAGAGAGGCAACAACUAUUCCCAUGUCAGAGUUUUCCCCAGCUAUUCCCAUAGCAGUGUUUUCCACAUUCGGGGGAUUCGUCUUAGUGGCGAUCGUGGUUUGCAUCGUUCAAGAAUUGCAGAAAACAAGUCAGACAGGCAGCCCUCUUAAUCCCGACGUCCGGACAAUCACAAUGGACGGGUUCCUAAAAGAUAUGGAAAGAGAGAAGCCCAUCAGGUUCACUUAUCAACAACUUCGGAUUGCAACUGAUAACUUCACCCACUUGUUGGGGCAAGGAGGAUUUGGUGCAGUUUAUAAAGGGAGCAUAUUUAGUAAUGGAACCCUUAUAGCAGUGAAGGUUCUAAAUGGGAGCUCAGACAAGAGAAUAGAGGAACAAUUUAUGGCAGAAGUUAGUACAAUUGGAAAAAUUCACCAUUUCAAUCUGGUCCGUCUUUAUGGCUUCUGCUUUGAGAAACACCUCAGAGCACUUGUUUAUGAGUACAUGGGAAAUGGAUCGCUUGACAAGUUCUUAUUUCAUAGCAACAAGGACUUAGGAUUUGAAAAGCUUCAUGAAAUUGCGGUGGGGACAGCGAGAGGGAUUGCUUACUUGCAUGAAGAAUGCCAACAACGAAUAGUCCAUUACGAUAUAAAGCCUGAAAACAUUCUUUUGGAUGCAAAUUUAUUUCCAAAAGUAGCUGAUUUCGGUUUGGCCAAGCUCUGUAACAGGGAUAAUACUCAUAUAACCAUGACUGGGGGGAGAGGCACUCCUGGUUAUGCUGCACCGGAAGUUUGGAUGAGGUUUUCUGUAACACACAAAUGUGAUGUUUACAGCUUUGGGAUGCUAUUGUUUGAGAUCAUAGGCAGGAGAAGGAAUCUUGACAAUAAUAUUCAAGACAGCCAAGACUGGUUCCCAAGGUGGGUUUGGAAGAAGUUUGAGCCUGGAGAACUAGAAGAGAUAAUGGUAGUUUGCGGAAUAGAGGAGAAAGAUAAAGAGAGGGCUGAGAGAAUUGUAAAGGUUGCUAUUUGGUGUGUCCAGUAUAUUCCUGAGGCAAGGCCUGCGAUGAGUGUUGUGGUGAAAAUGUUGGAAGGAGCUAUUGAGAUUCCUAGACCUUCAACUAACCCGUUUCAGCACUUGAUGUCGGAUACUCCAAAUCCAACUGCACCUGUCUAUGAUACUUCAAAUGGAACAUAUAGCACUAGCGCUUACGGUUCGGAUCCCUCACAAACGGUAACUGGUACUCCUAUCAUGAAGAAUCAUGAGAUUGAAAUAGCCUCUACCUAGGCAGGGUGAAGUACAUUCCUCACUCUCUCUGUUCUUGCAAUAUGUCACGAAAACAUGUCCUUUUCCACAUCAUAGUGUUUCUUCAUAAGUUCCAUAUAGGAUUAAGUUAAAGUUAUGUCUUUCGAGAAUGAAUAAAAAGUUUGUAAAUUUUAUAGAAUUGAUUGUUCAGAUUCAGAAUUUUAUAGCAUUUUGUAGUGGUGUAGCUACGGAUUUGUUCUAUGGCUCGAUUUACAGCAUGGGUUGAUUCAAUAUUUCUGUGUUUACAGCCACAUGACUCUGUCUAUAUUGAAUCGUUUCUGAUUAAGUUGAUGCAAAUUGGAAA